CCGGCCGGUUUUGGGGGGGUGCGUUGCCCGGAGACGGAAAGUUUGGGAGCCAGAGCCGGCUCGGCUGCGGCCCCGGGAGGGGGUCCAGGGGGCGGUGGCCCUGGGGAUGGGGAAGGAGCAGGAGCUGCUGGAGGCGGCCCGCACCGGGCACCUCCCGGCCGUGGAGAAGCUGCUGUCCGGGAAGCGGCUCUCCUCCGGCUUCGGGGGCGGCGGCGGCGGCAGCGGCGGCGGCUCCGGUGGCGGCGGCGGCGGCGGCGGCCUCGGGUCCUCGAGCCAUCCCCUCUCCAGCCUGCUCAGCAUCUGGAGAGGGCCCAACGUGAACUGUGUAGACAGUACGGGGUACACCCCCCUGCACCACGCUGCUCUGAAUGGCCACAGGGAUGUGGUCGAGGUCCUUCUGAGGAACGACGCGCUGACCAACGUGGCCGACUCCAAAGGCUGUUACCCUCUGCACUUGGCAGCCUGGAAAGGAGACGCCCAGAUCGUGCGGUUGCUCAUCCAUCAAGGGCCCUCUCACACCAGAGUCAAUGAGCAGAAUGCUCUUGAGAUCAAAGAACUCAAAAAGCACGGCCCCUUUGACCCUUAUAUCAAUGCCAAGAACAAUGACAACGAGACGGCCCUGCAUUGCGCAGCGCAGUACGGCCACACGGAGGUGGUGAAGGUCCUCCUGGAGGAGCUCACGGACCCCACGAUGCGCAACAACAAGUUCGAGACCCCCCUGGACCUGGCCGCGCUCUACGGGCGGCUGGAGGUGGUGAAGAUGCUCCUCAACGCGCACCCCAACCUCCUGAGCUGCAACACUAAGAAGCAUACCCCCCUGCACCUGGCGGCCAGGAACGGCCACAGGGCCGUGGUCCAGGUGCUCCUGGACGCGGGCAUGGACAGCAACUACCAGACGGAGAAGGGCAGUGCUUUGCAUGAGGCCGCUUUGUUUGGCAAGACCGAUGUGGUGCACAUCCUGCUGGCCGCAGGAAUUGAUGUCAACAUAAAAGAUCACCGAGGACUGACCGCCCUGGACACGGUCCGGGAACUGCCUUCUCAGAAGAGCCAGCACAUAGCAGCGCUCAUUGAAGAUCACAUGACUGGAAAAAGAAGUGCAAAAGAGGCAGAGAAAACUCCCACACCCCAGCCACCUCUCAUCUCCAAUGCGGACUCCAUAUCCCAGAAGUCUCAGGGUGACGUGGAGAAAGCAGUGACUGAACUGAUCAUCGAUUUUGACACAAGCACUGAAGAGGAAGGCCCCUACGAGGCGCUGUACAACGCCGUUUCCUGCCACUCGCUGGACAGCAUGGCCAGCGGGCGGUCGUCCGACCGGGACUCCGUGAACAAGGAGGCUGAGGCCGCGGGAGUGAAGGCUGCUGGAGUGAGGCCUAGGGAACGGCCACCGCCUCCCGCAAAGCCCCCGCCGGACGAGGAGGAGGAAGACCCCACGGACAAGAAGCUUUUUCCCCUGCCGGCUUCUGAGGUCUUGGCCAUGCGAGCCCGGGUUCAGGAGAGCACAGCCAGGGAGGAGGAGGAGGAGCAUCCGUAUGAGCUGCUGUUAAGGGCGGAAACAAAGAAGCUGCCAGCAGUGGACGGAAAAACAAAAGACCACAGGCGGAGCAGCAGCGGCCAGAGCCAGGACUCGGCGGAGGGGCAGAACGGGCAGGUCCCCGAGCAGUUCUCCGGGCUCCUCCACGGCUCCUCCCCGGUGUACGAGGCGGGGCAGGACGCUUUCCAGCUGCUCUCUGCCCCCGGCCAGAGCCUUCCAGAAGGGUCCCCCGCGCAGGGCACCUGCCACGAGGCCAGCAUGCAGCUGGAGGAGGCGGGCGUGCGCGCUCCUGGAGGCUCCCCGCCCGGCGGCCUGGACCAGAGUCAGAGAGGGGGCUACCCAGCCGGCCUGCCCACCGCCAACAGCCUACCGCACCCCGAAACUCUGACUCACACAGCAUCUCCACACCCCGGUGGUGCCGAGGAGGGAGACCAGAGCGGGGCCAGAAGCCGAGUCCUUCCCACCAGCAAACCCAAAGUUGAACUCAAGCUCAGCCGCAGCUUGUCCAAGUCCGACUCCGACCUCCUGACCUGCUCGCCCACGGAGGACGCGGCCAUGGGGAGCCGCAGCGAGUCCCUGUCCAACUGCAGCGUUGGGAAGAAGAGGCUGGAGAAGUCGCCGUCCUUCGCCUCGGAGUGGGAUGAGAUUGAGAAGAUCAUGAGCUCCAUCGGAGAAGGGAUUGACUUUUCUCAGGAGCAGCAGAAGGUCUCAGGUUCGCGGGCGCUGGAGCAGAGCGUCGGGGCGUGGCUGGCGGCGCUGGGCCUGCAGCAGUACGAGAGCAGGUUGCUUCUGAACGGCUUUGACGAUGUCCGCUUCCUG